GAAAUCGCCGCUGUAAUGGCUCCCAAGAAAGAGGCAACCUUGAAUCUGCAGCAACAACAACAGCAACAAGUUUUGGAUAUCGAGCGCAUAAAGCGACAUUUCAGCUGGUCCGAUCCAAAUGCAAUCGCCAGCGAACCCGCCAUGGUCACAAACAAUGAUGGCGGAACAGCAGCACAAUGGAAUCGGAACUCACAGGCUGCCGUGUCGGUGCGACACGCCUUCAAGACCUACGGCAAGAAGAAGAACGCCAUUCCGGUGUUGAAUAAUCUAAUGAUGACCGUACCAAAGGGCACAAUCUACGGUCUACUGGGCGCCUCAGGUUGUGGCAAGACCACACUACUCUCGUGCAUUGUCGGUCGACGUCGCCUGGAUUCGGGUGAGAUCUUCGUGCUCGGCGGCAAACCAGGCACACGCGGUUCGGGCGUGCCCGGCAAACGCGUCGGCUACAUGCCACAAGAGAUCGCCUUAUACGGCGAGUUCUCUAUACGCGAAACAAUGAUGUAUUUCGGCUGGAUAUUCGGUAUGGGCACCAAAGAGAUCAUGGAGCGUCUACAGUUCCUUUUGAAUUUCCUCGAUUUGCCGUCGGAGAAACGUUUGGUGAAGAAUUUGAGUGGUGGUCAACAGCGACGUGUUUCCUUCGCUGUGGCAUUGAUGCACGAUCCCGAAUUGCUGAUUUUAGAUGAACCCACAGUGGGUGUGGAUCCGUUGUUGCGCCAGAGUAUUUGGAAUCAUUUGGUGCAUAUCACAAAGGCUGGCCAAAAGACAGUCAUCAUCACAACACAUUACAUUGAGGAGGCGCGUCAGGCACACACGAUCGGUCUUAUGCGUUCGGGUCAUCUGCUGGCCGAGGAGUCACCAAGCGUUUUGCUGUCCAUGUACAAAUGCAUCAGUCUGGAGGAAGUCUUCCUUAAGUUGUCGCGCAUGCAAAGCCAGAAGGGUGAAAUCUCGAAUGUGAACUUUAGUAAUAAUAUCUCAUUACAUGCCAUGGCAUUCGGCAGUAAAAUGGAUAAGCCCAGCUCGAGUCAAGAAGGCGGUGUUGUCGGACUGAACUUCCAUCAGAGCAAAGAAGUGCUGAUCAACGAAUCGAAUGGAUCUGUUUUUACGUUAAAUCAAGAACCCUACGAUCCGCCCCAAAUAAAACGCAACAAACCCAAUGAUGAAGAGAGCUGUCAGGAUUGCUGUGCGAACUUGUGUAAGGUCACAACUAAGGGCAAAAUGAAGGCAUUGCUGACCAAGAACUUCCUGCGUAUGUGGCGUAAUGUCGGCGUUAUGCUGUUCAUUUUCGCUUUACCCGUUAUGCAGGUGAUACUCUUCUGUUUGGCAAUUGGACGUGACCCGACUGGCUUGAAUUUGGCUAUCGUCAACAGCGAAAUGAAUAACACAAACAUCUGUCAUUGGGAGGACUCUUGCCACUUCUCGAAUCUCGGCUGUCGCUAUUUGAGCCAUCUGAAUGACACCAUGGAAAAGACAUACUACACGGACUUGGAGGAGGCCAAAGAUGCGGUGCGUGUGGGCAAGGCUUGGGGUGUGCUUUACAUAACGGAGAACUUUACGGACGCUUUUGUGGCGCGUGUAGCAUUGGGACGUGACGCGGAUGAUGAGACCAUUGAUCAGUCGGAAAUCAGAGUGUGGCUCGAUAUGUCAAAUCAGCAAAUCGGUAUUAUGCUGAAUCGUGACAUACAGCUGGCCUAUCGUGCUUUCGCCAUGGACUUACUGGAUCAAUGCGGCAACAAUCCGAAGCUCGGCGAUGUGCCAAUACAAUUCAGAGAACCCAUUUAUGGCACAAUGAAUCCAUCAUUCACAGAUUUCGUUGCGCCCGGCGUGAUAUUGACCAUUGUGUUCUUCUUGGCUGUUGCAUUGACGUCAUCCGCUUUAAUCAUCGAACGCACUGAGGGUUUACUCGACCGCUCUUGGGUCGCCGGCGUCUCACCCAGUGAGAUCCUCUUCUCGCACGUCAUCACACAAUUCGUCGUCAUGUGUGGCCAAACAACGCUCGUACUUAUCUUCAUGUUGGUCGUCUUCGGUGUAACAAAUAAUGGCGAACUCUUCUGGGUGAUCGUGCUGACACUGUUGCAGGGUAUGUGCGGCAUGUGCUUUGGCUUCCUCAUCUCAUCGGUAUGUGAGUUGGAACGUAACGCCAUACAAUUGGCGUUGGGCUCAUUCUAUCCAACAUUGCUGUUAUCGGGCGUCAUUUGGCCCAUCGAAGGCAUGCCUAUCGUGCUGCGAUACAUAUCGCUUUGCCUGCCGCUAACGCUCGCUACCACAUCGCUGCGCUCGAUUUUGACGCGCGGCUGGCAGAUCACCGAGAUGGCUGUGUAUUCCGGCUUCCUGAGUACGCUCGCGUGGAUCGUCGGCUUCCUGAUACUGACGCUGUUGGUGCUGCAAGCGAAACGUGGAUAGAAACACUUCGGGUUUUUGCAACAGCAAAUUGGGAGCAACAAAUUAAUUUAAUAUCUAUAAUUUUUUUUUUAUCAACUAACUUACGAUACUAGAAAUUGUACAGAAAUGAAAUUAAGAGCAAAGAAAAACAAAAUUGGGUUGCUUAAUUAAUCCAAAACUGUAUCUAUAUAUGUAUGUACAUACAUAUGUAUACAUAUGUAUGCAUAUGGUUGGCAGAUCGCACAAGAGAUCUUGUGUAAAAAGAAAAGUGUCGAUCGCAUUGUAGCUGAGUUUUUAGUUCUAGAGAGUAAAUUUUAAUUAAAGAAAAAAAACAACAAAGAAAAAAAAAUUAAUAUACAUAUAUAAAUACAAAAACAACAACAAUUGUUUAAGGUGUCUUGUCCUAAUGUUAGCAUUAAUUCAUAUUAAGCAUACUGUCUAGUUUAUUUCGCACAUACACAUACACACACGCGCGCAAAUAAUCAAGUGCGAACACAAAAAGAAAAGCUACAAAGUUCAAAACACAGACAAAAAAAGCACGCAAGUGUUAUUUGAGGAAAUUUUAAAAGUUUUUUUAAUAAAAAAAUUGAAGACAUUAAUUUUAAAAGUUUUGAAAAUUAAAAAAGAAUUAAAAUAAAAUUAAAAAAUAUUUUUUUCACAUUCUCGAAUUUCGGUAAAUAUUUAUUUUUCAAAAUUUAAACAAAUUAAAAAAAAUUAAAAUAAAAUUAAAAAAUAAUUUUUUCACAUUCUCGAAUUUCGAUAAAUAUUUAUUUUUCAAAAUUUAAACAAAUUAAAAAAUUUUAAAAAAUAAAAAAAAUAUUUUUUUAACAUUCUCGAAUUUCUGUAAAAAAACCGUUUUAUUUAUUUUUUAAAAUUUAAAAAAAUUGAAAAUUUUUUUUUUUCACAUUCUCGAAUUUCGACAAAUAUUUAUUUUUGAAAAUUUAAAGAAAUUCAAAAAUUAAAAAAAUUUUUAAAAUUAAUUUCUUUAAUUAAACAAAUUUAAAAAAUAAUUUUUUUCAUUUCGAAUUCGAUAAAUAUUUAUUUUUAAAAAUUUAAAGAUAUUAAAAAAUUUAAAAAAAAAUUAAAAAUUAAUUUCUUAAUUAAAUAAAUUAAAAAAAUUAAAAUUUUUUUUUACAUUUUCGAAUUUCAGUAAACGGCAAACUAUUCAAAAAUUGUACUCAAACUGGCAACGCUUUCACAAAUAUUUAAGCUUUUCGGUAAAGCUGUCGCGCAAUAUAACUCAUUUUUGCCAGCAAAGCAAUCAAGCGCUUAGCACACUUGUUGGCGCAUGCGCAGGCGUUUCCAAACCCCGAACACACAGUUGUUGGUGUGUGCGUGUGCAGGAUUUUCCUAGUUUAUUGGUUUUUUUCUUCACUAAAAAUGUAUUUUUUUGUUUUUACAAAAUAUUCUAAUUUAAUUUAGCAAUGAUUUAAGGUUUAGGUUGUAUUAAUAAUAAUUAUUACGUUUAUCUUCUUCUUAAUUUAAGCCAAGUUUUAUAACUUCCUUUGUAAAUAAUUGUGUAGCAAUUUUCCAAAAUGUAAGCUUCUAAGUAAAAACGGAAAAAACUGUAAAGAAGGCAUUAUUGUACUACACAAAAACGAAAACAAUAACAACAAUAAGAACAAAAAAACAAAAAAUCAGAAAUAAUAUAACAACAACAACAACGAAUUAGUCGGAAUAUAGCUUAUUUCUUUACUUACUCUUUCACGCACUCUCUUAUAAGCAUGCUAUCACACGCUCUCUUAUGCGCGCUCGCUCUAACUCACUCUUACACUCACUUUCUCUCACUCGCGCUUACUUACUCACUCACUUCGCCACUACUAUCGCUUAUUAUUUGGUCGCAUUUCCGUCCACGUACUCAUAUGUAACUUUCGUCGGCACUCGUGCCGCCCGAACGAUUUACUUGCUUAAUCUCUUUAUGAAACGAACUUCGAACUUAGACUUUUGCACUGCUGUCCAAUUCUCUAUAAAUAUUUAUUUUAUUUUUCACAUUUUUUCGAGUCUUUUCGCUAACAUUAUCUAACACAAAAGGACUGUGAUUAUAUUAAUUUCCUUGAAUUUUUUUGUAAACAAGAAAAGAAAUAUGUAAUGAAAUUAUAUAAUAAAUACUUAAUUACUGUUA